UUUUUUUUUCUUUUGUGGGUUUCAAGAAUUUUGUGUGAAUUCUUGUGACCCAAAAUUGAAAAAACUCUCCUGAUCACUCCUGAAGCAUCUGCAAGCAGAAUAACAAUGUAUCCAAAAGUGAAAGUGAGGGAACAAGAAGAUUAUGAUGAUCAAUAUGAGUUUGAGACCAGGUCUUUGCAGUCCUUGAGGACUCCUGAAUGUUUCUCUUUGAAUGACUUCUCUUCUCCAGACAAUUCCCCUACAUCUGUUGUGAGAGUGCCUCGAUUUGAUAGCUCUACUUCAGGAGCAAUUAGCAACAGGAAACAGAAACUCUUGGAAGAAAACAAAACAAAUAUCAGAGCUAGUCCAAUUCCAAGACCACGUGCUGUCUUGUCCAGUCCAGAUAAUGAUCAAAUGAUUGGAAGCAAAAACAGCCAAAAGGUGAAACAUAGUACUUGCCAGUCAUGA